UCGCCAUCCAUCCACCUCUCCUCUUUCCAGUACCAAAACAGAUGGUGGAAAAAUCAUCACAUCUGCCGGGACACAGGACAACAAUAGACAGCAUCUAGCCCAAGAGAACCGGGCGUCCAUCAUGUUUGCUGUCAAGAGCUCCAUGAGGCUGUGAGCGCCGUCGUGAUUUUUGACACGGGGUACCAUCACGGCAGCCGAGGAUUCUUCUCGCGACUGUCUGGGCUCUCCAUCGAGUGGGGAAGAUGGCCGCCAUGAAAAUUUUAACCAGCAGUGGGCUGUUCUUAGCGUUCUGUGCGUUGGGGUUGCUAGCCAUGGCAAUCUGCACCGACUUUUGGUAUGAGACAGAUGCGCGGAGACACCGAGAAAGAUGUAAAAACUACGCCAACAAGAGAAACGACCCGGGGUACAUAUACAUCUCAAAUAGCAAUCUCCCCCUCCAGAUGCCCCCAAAGGGCAUUGAAAGGAAAGGUAACAGUCCAAGUGCCGGAGCUCAGCCUCUUAUUAGGGAAAAACGGCACUUUCUGGCUGCAGCAUCAGCUAUGGAGUCCCACUGCAGUCGCCAGUUCAAUUCAACCAUCUCUGGGCUCUGGAGAAAGUGUCAUCGAGAUGGAUUUGACCUGGAGACAGAGGAUCUCAUAUAUAAAGGUUUGAUUCAGCGGUGCAUCCCAGUCAAGUAUCACUACUCUUCCUCCAUCCUUCCGCGCAAUUUACCCAUCAACAUCACCAAGACCAUCCGUCAGGAUGAGUGGCAUGCACUCCAUCUACGCAGGAUGACGGCUGGCUUUGUGGGCAUGGCCGUGUCUAUCAUCCUGUUUGGCUGGAUUAUCGGAGUGCUGGGCUGCUGUCAGCAGCAUGACCUAAUGCAGUAUGUAGCUGGACUACUCUUUCUCAUGGGAGGAACAUGUUGUAUCAUCUCCCUGUGUACGUGUGUGGCGGGCAUCAACUUUGAGCUGUCGCGUUACCCACGCUACAUGUAUGGCCUCCCAGAGGAUAUUAGCCAUGGCUACGGCUGGUCCAUGUUCUGUGCCUGGGGGGGCUUAGGCCUCACUCUGCUGGCUGGUUUCCUGUGCACCCUGGCCCCAUCCCUAAGCACCCCCUCCCGUACAACCGUCCACAAGCCCAGGCAGGAGAAUGGAACCGUGUGAUGGGACUGUGUGACUGGCCCACGGAGCACACAAAUAAGCAACACCCAUCCAACUUCGUCCACCGUUUUUGUCCAACCACCAUCUCACCUCAUCCCCCUUACCUGUCCAUACCACCCGUCAUCCGUCUGAAUCAUGAGUGUACCAGAGAAAUUGUACAUGGGAGAACAGAGCAAAGACAAACCACACCAAACUGUACUCUUUACUGUACAUCUAAGACACACAGAGCAAUGGCCCCCAGAAUACUUUGGGACAUGGCAAGACCUUUUUGUUGUUAAACGUUUGACUACUAACUCUAUGGAAGCCUAAAGGCGACUGUUUGUCUGUUUGUUUUUCCCAAGAGGAAUUGUCUUAAAAUGGUGCUCUCUUUUAACACACACAACAAAGAACACAGUCCAAGAGCUUAGAAAGAAACAACAAGCAUCUCUAAAUGGAACAAACCAACAAACAAGAACAUGUGGCAGAGCAUCCUGUCAUCAUUCCUCUUUUAGUCGGGUGGUCUGUACUGUGUUUGUUAUUGUUCGCAACAAAAUAUUAUGCUGGCAUAAACUGUCCAUUGUUUUGAAUCAGCUGACUGAUGUCAAGCAUUAUCCCUAGGAAGGACUUUACAGUUUAAGCCUAAAACCUGCUUCAUGCAGCAGAGGACCAAGAGCACAAACUGGAAAUGGCAGGCGUGGAACAGCAAGAUACAAUUUUGAAGAGCAAAUCUUUCAACGCUUCUAUGAUUCAGUAUGUACAAAUGCAUCUCUACGUAGAUUCAGGUCAUUGUUUGUAUAAAGUAACUCUUGAAUAAGAAAAAAAAAUUAUGUUUGUUUCGAGGUAACAAUGGCAAUUUGGGUCUUCAGUGAUGUUGUUUGCUGGAAUAAAUUGUACGCUUCAUGAUUAGAAGAAUAAGAGUGAUUGCAAGGCACAUUAAGUACUGUUUGAGAGUAGCAGAGGCAGUUAAAGGUCCAGUGCAGUCAAACAUGUGAUUUGUCUGUGUUUUAUAUAUAUUUCCACACUAUGAGGUUGGAAUAAUACUGAUAAUGCCAUUUUAGCGUAAGAGCUGUUUGAUCAGUUCUCCCCUCCCCACUCAGACCACUCCCAGACAGUCCUAGCAACAUUCUUGCUUGGGAAAUUGCACUUUGCUAAGAAGAUGUUUUAAUUGAAAACAAUCACAGUAAGGUACUUGAUUAUUACCCAGAAAUGAUUUGAUAUUGAAAUAAAAACGUCUGCAUUGGACCUUUAAGGAUCAGUAAAUAUUGUAUGUUGAAGGAUGGGGUUCAAUGAAUAAAAAUGUAACCUUCUGGUAACACAUUCAAACUUAGAAACAAUGACAGACAGUAAUUUACAGUUAUAAGUGACAAUAGUCUUGGAUUUGGCAGGAAUUGAACUGCAGACACCAGUGUUGAACUUGCAUUUAAAUGUA